AUGGACGCCUACUACGAGUUUCUCGAGCCCUCGAGGGUCUCGCAUUGCGUGGGCUGCAAUUUCAUCUCCCCUACUACCAAGCAUUUAGUGGUAGCCAAGACGUCGUUAUUGCAAGUGUUUGAGGUUACAGGGACAUCAAAACGAGGUUUCAAGCUUCGUCUCCUCGACCAAUUCAAACUCUACGGCACCGUCACGGCGCUCAAAAAGUUCCGCACAGUCGACUCACCCGACUUGGACUAUAUAUUGGUGGCGACGAAGGCCGCUAAAGUUUCUAUGAUACGAUGGGACCACCAAACACAUUCCAUAGCCACCGAGUCGUUACAUUAUUACGAAAAAUCGAUCCAAGCUGCCACUUACGAAACACUAGACGAGACCGAGUUGAUCGUGGAACCCAAUAGAUACUCGUGUUUCUGUGUGCGGUUCAAAAACUUGCUAACUUUUCUUCCUUUUUCCACUCCAGAUGACGACGAUGAUGACAUGGACGACGAGGGGGAAACGAAAAAACAAAAGUAUGUUCCUGGAUUUGACUCUGAGGUUUUCGGAUCCAGUUUCAUGGUGGAUGCCCAGACCCUCGAACCUUCAAUUGGAACCAUCGUGGACAUGCAAUUUCUCCACAAUUACCGAGAACCUACAGUGGCUAUUUUGUCGCUGAAGGCUGCCACUUGGACUGGUUUGCUCCCGAAAGUGAAAGACAACAUCACCUACCAUGUCAUGACCAUAGAUCUUGCGACUAAGGCCACCACUACUGUUCUCAAGAUCGAAAACUUGCCUUUUGACAUCGAUAGACUAGUUCCCUUAUCGCAUCCCCUCAACGGUUGUCUUCUUCUAGGCUGCAACGAGAUAAUCCACGUCGACAACGGAGGCAUUGUGCGACGCUUGGCUGUCAACAAGUACACCGAGGACAUCACGGCGUCGGUCAAAAACUACCACGACCAAACCGACCUCAAUCUCAUGUUGGAGAACUGUGCCGUUAUCCCACUUCCCAACGAUAACCGUGUGCUCUUGUCGCUUCUGACGGGGUCCCUCUUCCACAUAAAUUUCGACGUUGACAUCAAAACCAUCAAAAGGUUUGCUUUGGAACCAGUUCUCGAAACCCACUAUUCGUCGGUCGAUUUGACAUAUCCUGGCCAGCCAGCAUUUCUCGACUCUAACUUGCUUUUCAUUGCUAACAACAAUGGAAAUAGCCCGCUUUUGGAGGUCAAGUACUUGCGAAACGAAGAGGUUACCGAAAAGGUUCAAUCCAAUGGUAAAGAAGAUAUGGAUGGAGACGAAGAAUUGUACGACGACGACAAUGCAGGAGAAAAAAUUGUCAUUAGACAAGGUGAUAUCAAGUACUUUAAGCACGACGAACUCAUAAAUCAUGGCCCUGUGUCUGAUUUCACCUUGGGAAAGUACUCCACUGAAAAGUUUAAGGCCAAUCUUAUCAACCCAAAUCUUAAUGAUGUUUGCAUAGUCAGCAAUGGAGGCUCCCACAAGCAAAGUUGCUUGAACAUUUUUGCUCCCAGCGUGCAACCAAUCAUUCGGUCUUCGCUUACAUUCUCUCAGGUCAAUCGAAUGUGGAACAUCAAUAACAAGUACUUGAUAACUUCUGACGAUGUCAACCUGAAAUCGGAAAUUUUCCAGAUUGAAAAAUCGUACUCUCGUUUGAAAUCCAAGGAUUUUAUCAACGACGAAAUGACGAUAGCCAUGCACGAGUUGAACAACGGCAAGUACAUUUUGCAGAUUACGCCGAAACAUAUCGAGGUCUUCAACAGCAAAUUCAAACGGCACAUGUCUUUCGAAGACGAGUUGAAAGACGCCAUGAAAGAAGACCAGAUUAUCAGCAGUACGGUUCACGAUGAUUAUUUGAUGAUAUUUUUUGCCAGUGGUGAGGUAUUGAUAUACUCUGUUAACACCCAUACGGAAAGCUUGACCAAGAUCAACAUUCCUCAGAUUUUAUCAGACACCAUUAUCACCACAGGUUAUGUGACAAAUUCCCGCUUGCUCAACGCUGUCACAAAAGACAGUAAUUUGCUAAUUAAAGGCACUAAAAGAAAGCACGGUGGUCGUGUUGCCGGAGAAGAAAAGCAAGAGAAAGAUCUCGGCCCACUUCUGAAAAUGUUUGUAUUGGUAACAGGUGACAAUCGAGUGGUAGCAUUUGGCCGCGACCAUAAUGAACGAUGCUAUCAAUUGAACGAUGUGGACAAGUUUUCCGAUGAGCUCAAUUUGGGGUUCUUUGAGCCCCGAGACACUUAUCCAGAUCCGUUUAUCAAGCAGAUAGUUUUCAACGAAAUCGGUGACCAAUACUCCAAGGAAGAAUACUUGACCAUAUUGACGGUGGGAGGUGAGAUCUACAUGUACAAGUUGUUCUUUGAUGGACUGAACUUCAAAUUGAAAAAAGAAAAAGAUUUGCUUAUUACUGGUGCUCCAGACAAUGCUUAUCCGGCGGGUACAAGUAUCGAACGUCGAUUGGUAUACAUUCCGCUCGUCAGUGGUUUCUCGAGUAUCUUUGUCACUGGAGUUGUUCCGUACUUUAUUACUCGUACGAGACACUCAAUUCCAAGAAUAUUCAAGUUCACCAAGAUAGCAGCGCAGUCAUUUGCUUCAUUUUCCGAUUCAAAAGUUAGCAACGGACUCAUCUUUUUGGAUAAUGCCAAGAACGCUCGUAUUUGUGAGUUGCCCAGAGACUUCAACUACGACAACAAUUUACCAGUCAAAAAAGUUCCCAUUGGUGAAACUGUAAAGUCGGUGACUUACCACGAACUUUCCAACACUUAUGUUGUUUCCACGUACCGUGAGAUUCCCUACAAUGCUCUCGAUGAAGAAGGGAACCCCAUUGCUGGUCUUAAGAAAGAUAAGCCCAGUGCAAACUCGUAUAAAGGUUCACUCAAGCUCAUCUCGCCAUACAACUGGACUGUCAUUGAGACGGUGGAGUUGCGAGAUAAUGAAAUAGCCAUGACUGUGAAGUCGAUGGUGCUCGAUAUAGGAUCUUCCACGAAGCGCUUCAAGCAUCGCAAGGAGCUCCUUGUGGUUGGUACGGGGAGAUAUAGAAUGGAGGAUCUUGGUGCCAAUGGUGCGUUCAAAAUCUACGAAAUUAUCGACAUUAUUCCUGAGCCUGGAAAACCAGAAACAAACCACAAGUUUAAGGAAUACAAUACCGAAGACACCAAGGGAGCUGUGACGUCGAUGUGUGAGGUCAGUGGUCGUUUUUUGGUGGCUCAAGGUCAGAAGAUAAUUGUGAGAGAUGUGCAAGACGAUGGAGUAGUUCCAGUGGCAUUUUUGGAUACUUCGGUUUACGUUUCCGAAGCGAAGAGUUUUGGUAACUUGGUGAUCCUCGGUGACACCCUCAAGAGUGUUUGGCUCGCGGGUUUCGACGCUGAACCGUUCCGGAUGAUAAUGCUCGGUAAAGAUCUUCAAUCUGUCGAUGUCAGUUGUGCCGAAUUCAUUUCCAAAGACGAAGAAAUCUACAUUUUGAUUGCUGGAAACAACAAUGUGAUGCACCUUGUCCAGUUUGAUCCUGAAGACCCCACCUCGUCAAAUGGUCAGAGGUUGGUACAUCGAGCUUCGUUCAACGUGAGCUCGUCCACCACAUGUAUGAGAAUGGUGCCCAAAAACGAGGAAAUCAACACCCAAUACUCCGAUGUAUUCCAGACCGUUGGAUCCACCAUUGAUGGUUCUUUCUUUACAGUUUUCCCCGUCAACGAGUUUACUUACCGUCGGAUGUACAUUAUUCAGCAGCAGCUCACCGACAAAGAAUACCAUUACUGUGGACUCAAUCCUAGAUUGAACCGAUUUGGCGGAGAGGCCUUUGAUGACUCCCAGACAGGCGUCAAGCCUAUUUUGGACCACCAGGUGAUCAAGAGGUAUGCUAAACUUAAUGAAGACAGAAAACAAACCAUUGCACAAAAGGUGAGCUCGAAGGGCGUAUACCAGGAAAUUUGGAAAGACCUCAUUGAGUUUGAAAAUGUACUCAAGAUUAUGUGA